AUGCCGGAUCACCUUGGAGAUGAUAUGCGUAAAACCAAGAAGGGAGAGACCACCGAAGAGGAGAAGACUUUCCAAGCACUCGAUGAAGGAGAUAUUGCUGUUUUGAAGAGAUACGGACAAGGCCCGUAUGCCGAGCAGCUGAAACAGUUGGACACAGACAUCGAAAAUUGUUUGAAAAAGGUUAAUGAGCUUUCUGGAGUGAAAGAAUCAGACACAGGACUUGCUCCACCAGCUCUCUGGGAUAUUGCUGCUGAUAAGCAAGCGAUGCAACAAGAACAACCACUUCAAGUUGCCAGAUGUACGAAAAUUAUUACCAGCGACAAACAUGAUCCAAGAUACUUGAUCAAUGUAAAACAAUUUGCUAAAUUCGUCGUCGAUCUUGCUGAUUCCGUAGCACCUACUGAUAUUGAGGAAGGAAUGCGAGUCGGAGUCGAUCGCAACAAGUACCAGAUUCACCUUCCAUUGCCAGCCAAAAUCGAUCCAACUGUUACUAUGAUGCAGGUUGAGGAAAAGCCAGAUGUGACGUACUCAGACGUCGGAGGAUGCAAAGAUCAGAUUGAAAAACUUCGUGAAGUCGUCGAGACUCCACUUCUUCAUCCAGAGCGUUACGUAAAUCUCGGAAUUGAGCCACCAAAGGGAGUCUUACUGUACGGUCCUCCGGGAACUGGAAAGACGCUUUGUGCUCGUGCUGUUGCUAACCGAACGGAUGCUUGCUUUAUUCGUGUCAUCGGGUCCGAGCUUGUCCAGAAAUACGUUGGAGAAGGCGCGCGUAUGGUUCGUGAGCUUUUCGAAAUGGCUCGUACCAAGAAAGCUUGUCUUAUCUUCUUCGAUGAAAUCGAUGCUGUAGGAGGAGCUCGUUUCGAUGACGGACAAGGAGGAGACAACGAAGUUCAACGUACUAUGCUAGAAUUGAUUAAUCAGCUCGACGGAUUCGACCCAAGAGGAAAUAUCAAGGUGCUGAUGGCUACAAACAGACCAGAUACUCUUGAUCCUGCUCUCAUGAGACCUGGUCGUCUCGAUCGUAAAGUCGAAUUCGCCCUUCCAGAUCUUGCCGGACGUGCGCAUAUUCUCAAAAUCCACGCAAAACAAAUGAGUGUCGAAAGAGAUAUUCGUUAUGACCUGCUCGCUCGCCUCUGUCCCAACAGUACCGGAGCCGAGAUUCGUUCAGUGUGUACUGAAGCUGGAAUGUUUGCUAUUCGUGCCAGAAGAAAGGUUGCUACUGAGAAAGAUUUCCUUGAAGCUAUCAAUAAGGUUGUGAAAGGAUACGCCAAGUUCAGUGCAACUCCAAGAUAUCUGACCCAUAAUUGA